AUGGCCGGUGCCAAAUACUUCAGUAAAUUGGACGCCUCUCAAGGCUUCUGGCAGUUAAAACUGCAUGAGGACAGCACAAAGUACUGCACUUUCAAUACACCGUAUGGCCGCUACUGCUUCCAGAGAAUGCCUUUUGGCAUAUGCUCCGCUCCAGAAGUAUUCCACAGAACGAUGGAGCACAUCAUAGAGGGCAUUGAAGGCGUGCGUGUGUAUGUUGAUGAUUUGAUCUUAUGGGGAUCCACACUUGAGCAACACAAUGAACGACUCAUCAAAGUGCUUCAGAGAGUCCAAAAGUAUCAGCUGAAGCUGAACAGAUCCAAGUGUCAGUUCGGAGUGAAGGAAAUCACCUUUCUGGGUGACAAGCUGUCACCAGCCGGUGUUGAACCAGACGAAAGCAAAAUUAAGGCAAUACUGGAAAUGCCAAGACCGGAAGACAAAAAAGGUGUGCUGCGUGCAUUGGGCAUGAUCAAUUUCAUUGGAAAAUUCAUUCCGAAUUUAUCCUCGAAGACUGUGCACCUAAGAGAGCUACUGCGUGAAAGGUGUGAGUUCGAGUGGACAGCUGAACAUGAGGCAGAAUGGUCCCGUUUGAAAACAACUCUCACAACAGAGCCAGUGUUGACAUUUUUUGAUCCAUCAAAAAGGACAAAGAUAUCCACCGACUCAUCAAAGGAUGGCAUUGGAGCUGUUCUACUACAGGCAUGUGGAGAAGACUGGAAGCCUGUCGCCUAUGCGUCGAGAACGAUGACAAGUGCUGAGUGCCGCUACGCUCAAAUUGAAAAAGAGUGUUUGGGGCUGGUGUACGGGUUCCAGAAGUUCCAUGGCUAUGUGUAUGGCCUGCCAAAGUUUGUAGCAGAGACAGACCAUAAACCGCUAAUAGCUAUCAUCAAGAAAAACCUCAGUGAAAUGUCACCACGCAUUCAAAGGCUCAUGAUGAAGCUACAACGCUAUGAUUUCGACCUGAUUUAUACACCUGGAAAGCACAUAGUGUUAGCUGAUGCUCUGUCUAGGGCAACCACACAGAGGGAGGAUCAGGCCGGAUGUUCCACGGAAAACGAAGUGGAUCUUCAUGUGAACCUGACCACUGAGACACUGCCCAUAACAGACAUGAAAUCCAAGCUCAUCGCUGAUGAAACCAAGAAGGAUGUCGUCCUGCAGAGAGUCAUCCGGCUGAUAAAAGAAGAGUGGCCACGGGGUGAGUGUCAACAGUACUAUAACAUUAGAGGAGAGCUGAGCUUUGUUAAUGGACUGCUGCUGCGAAAGAACAGAAUAAAGGAGCUAGUAGAGGGACCUAAAGAGGGGACAAUCAUGGACGAACUGGAUGAUGUCACAGCAUCAAUUUUAAAUGCUGCCAAUGUUGAUGAGGCCUUGCUUCACACCCUCAGUCGUGAUGAUUUGAGAGAUCUUUUUCCUGGGCCGGAACACUUUCUCAGGAGGAAACGAGUUUGGGCUCUUAUUAACCCAGAGGAUGGGAAUGCCACCUUAACAGACAAAUCUGGCCCUGGUGAAGCAGGAACAGUGUCUUCACCUAGAGGAGUGCCUCCAAUCUUCCCCCAGACAUCUUCUCCUUUGGUAAUGAAAAGUCCAAAGAAGACCCUGCAGCUUCCCAGUCCUCCAGAAUAUGUGGUCUAUACAGACAGUGAGUUAGAGCAAGCUCGCAAGCACUACUUUGAGAUGGCCCGCACUGGCAGAGAAAGGGACUGUGUCAUGUCUAAAGAGCUGAGAUGCAGACUGGUGAGGAACACUGUCACCAGCAUGAUUUCCAUCUUGAGAGCCAGUGAGCAAGGAGAGGAGCUGCGGUACCCUUCCAAGCAUGAAGUCACUUCAAUGGCUAGGAGACUUGUGGAAUAUUAUCCCAUGCUACAGGAUAAAGAUACAACUAUGAAGCAUGUGAGCAUUUACAACAAUCUUCACAAGAGGCUGCAGAAUGUGAAGUCCCCUAAAAAGAGGCAGGGGCCCACACCAGAGAGGGGCCAGCCAAAGAAAAAGUGUUGCAUCGACUUCUCAUCGAGUGACAGAGAAGACUAUGAUGCAGAUUCAAGUGGUGCAUCAACGAUUAUUUUGCAUCAAACAUCUGGGAGCAGUUCUGAUGACGGCCACAGCUCACCUGAUAAAGACAGUCUGAUCAUGCAGGCCAGACAUUACAAAACUCUGCAGGAGAUGUUCAAGAAAACCAAACCCAACAAAGAUGCAGUCUCCCAAAUCCUUGACCUCGAGUUUGAAGCAAGAAGAGCCUUCAUCGACAGUGAUGCCAUGAAAGAAGAGGACAGGCCAACAAAGAUCCUCAAUGCCUACCCAUGUUUUAAGGAUCUUCAUCACGUGAUGAGUGAGCUGCGACGGAUCCUGAAUAAGGACAACAGUACAUUCAUAGAUGAAGUAAAGAAGAGAUGGGAAGACUUCUGUGCCAAGGUGCAGUUUUACGGUGUUUCGAAGAAAGUGAUGAAGCCACCCAUGAACCUGGAUGCAGUGGAAUAUGCCACAGCUCUGUUCAGGGCACUUCCCACCCUCUUUCCUUCACCAACUGCGCCACCAAAGAAGUUGGGAAAUGCCAGUGAGGCAUUGCUUCAUGUCCUUCAGCCAACAGAAGAUCCCACCAUCUACCUUCAGAAGAGACAACUCAUCACCCCAGUUUUGCUCUUUGAUGGGUCCCACUGUCUUGUCACAUUUGGAACCACUCCUAUCACCACAUUUGCCAAGGAAGACCUCUGUGAAGGUUUGCUUUAUCUGAUGGCUUACUACUACACUCUGCAUCUUACCUAUCCAAAGUGUGUGGCAACCCUCCUCUCUGUCAUUCAGACAGAAAUAUUACUGGAUUCUAUUCAUGAGCGAGACAUGACAACCUCAUACAAAAAAGCCAUGGCAGAAUGGAAAGCUUUUAUUGGGAAGUAGAGGUGUACAUAGUGUUAAAAUACAACUGGCACUAAAUGUUUCACUGCCUUGUUACUUUAUACUCUAGUGUAUGAGAGAAUCUUAACUUUUUGUUGAAGUAAUCACUGAUGGCCUUUUUGUUUGUUCAUUCAAAUCAGACUGUUUCGUGCCACAUAUUUUCUAUUUGCACUAAAAUGUAUUUUUGAAUGUUACUAAAUGCCAACGAUGGUUAACUAGGUUUACAAACAAAUGUUACAAGUGGUUGUAUGAACACAAAACUUGAAACUGUUAAAAUACUUUUUUCUGUAUUUGAGUAUCAGGUAAUUCAGUGUUCAGUAAUGAUGACAUAAUAAAUAAUGUAACACAUAACUUGCAUUAUAGCCAUAAUUACCUCCAAUGUUUUCUGUUUUCUUGCAAUGCCUUCAUAAUUCUGAACAUGUACUAUUUUUGAAAAGCAACAAGUGUGUUAGAAGGCACUGUUUCAAACCCAAAUAUAAAUACAUUGUUGACAAUUAUCUGUGCUUUAUCUCAUUUUAAGCUGGACAAGCUAAUAAUGAACAGUCUUGAAUCAAGAGAAAUAAUCCUGUUUAGUGGUUCUGGUUUGAAGAGCUUUUCACUAAAAUUAAGAAAGGACAGAACACUGAAAGAAGAAUUGACAACUUAGUUUUGAGUUUAUUUGACUUAAUACAGUGCUUGGAAUGAGUGUUUUAGCACUUAUUUCAAGAGAUUUAUCACCUUUCUCAUGCCUAGAUAAUUUUUCUUAUUUCAAGAAAUCUUAUCAAGUGUAAUUAUCUUACUGAACUGGCAGAUAAAUUGACUUGUUUCUAGUAUUUUACUUCUCAAAUUAGGUAUUUUAUUUCUUGCAUUUAGAUGGUUCAUUUUUGCAGUGUACCAGGUGUGGCAAAUCAGUGAGGAUUAUUUCUUUCAGCUAUUUUCUGCUAAAUGCAGGUACAUGACUUUCUUAGACUUCUGAACCAAUCAAAUUGAAAUAAGUGGUUUCAAUGUCAUCCAUAUUAAGGUAUGCUUGGUUUUGUGUUUCCACAUCAAAAUGGCUGAUCAGCUCAAGAAGACUUAACCUUUGUAGAAAAGGUUCUUUGGCAGUUCUGCUAGCGGUAGUUUCUUGAAGAGCGUAGAACACAUUUUCUCUCCAGCAAGAUUUGAGGUAUUUCAAAUCAGUUGCAUGUGCAUCACCAGGUGUUCAGUCUUGUCUGCAGUGCAGUAUUAUGGGACCUUUCCACAGCAUCUUUGA